CCUCACUUAUCGCCAGACCAUACCUUUUCAGCUCGCCGUCGCGACAAGUCUUCAAGAUGCCGAGCCACAAGAGUUUCCGCACCAAGCAGAAGCUUGCUAAAGCCCAGCGCCAGAACCGUCCCAUCCCUCAGUGGAUUCGUUUGAGGACCGGUAACACCAUCAACUACAACGCUAAGCGGAGGCACUGGCGCAAGACCCGUCUCGGUCUGUAAAUUCGUCGAUAUUUCACCCUCCUCCUUUCCAUCCGACCGAG